AUGGACAUCAACAUCACCAAAAUCCACGUUGAGAUCAGCAUCGGGCAUGACCCACAUGAUACCCGCAAUCUGGAGUACUUUGCGGCACCACGUCUAGGAAGAGUGAAGUCGAAACCUCACCAUAUAGCCCAUUAUCCAUACGCACAAAAGUGCGCUAGAGACUGUCUGGCAUUGCCACCUACAAAAUGUCUCAGCUUUAACUACGACUACAGCGACGUCGGGCGGUGUGAACUACUGGAGGAGAUAGAGGGGCAUGAGGUCGUCAUGUACAGGGAUGGAAUUUUCCACAACUUCGAGCGACUUGGCAUCGGCCACGCUGUGGAGGUCAGCCAUGAUGGACUCGGUUUGGUGCAUAACACCUUGUACUACUACAACCUGUUCCUCAACAACACUGUGGGAUACACGAACAUUCUGACAUCUAAGGCAGUGAUAGUUGACUUUGUACCUCCGUCCCCCGGACCACUGGCAAAUACAUCCUUUGACGAAACUGCUGCCGAGGUGUGUGAGGAGUUUGUACCUGACGAAUGGGAAGAUAGAUGUGUGGAGCAAACGCCUCUUCCGAACCACAGGGCUAUUGUAGACGGGGAAGGUUCGAGAACCGUGUUUAAUGGAAACAAGCCUCUACAGGACCUGCUUUAUUUCCGACCAAACACUUACGUCACGGCCAAUUGGGAUGGAUUUCACGACAACGAGACUGGUAUUUUCGGGUACACGUGGACGGUCGGUACUGAUCACUGCUUUGACGACAUCCAUCCUCACAAAGACCCCCAUGCACACCUGUAUGAUGAAGAUGAAUGGACUCAUCAAAGUCUCGCCUACCCUUUGGAUUUAGAGGAUGGACCCUACCACGUCUCCGUACGUGCCUUGAACAAGAUUGAGUUUGGCGGUCCCCUGGCGACUACCGUGUGCCACACCACGCCUUACACCAUCGACACCACGCCACCGUUUGUUAACCACGUGGAGAUCAUCAGCUACGACGAGGACUCGUACGAACUGAUCGUCGAGUACAACGUCAGUGACCCACUGUCACACAUUCGGGAGGUUGACAUCGGAUUGGGGAAGAGUCCCAGGGAUGUCUUCAUCAAGGACUGGCAUCGUGAUGACAACAUCACACAUAGGAUUCUUAACUUCCGCAUUCCGGAUGGCAUUCCGACAUGGAUUAAAGUUAGGGCCAUUAACAAUGUCGACCUGAGAACUGCCAGUCAUGCCCCCAGACCCCUGAUAGUGGACACGACACCGCCAAUCCCAGGCACAGUGCACGAUGGAGAGGCUUACAGUAGGGACAGGGACUUCCAGUCGGAUGGAAACCGGAUCUGUGCAAGCUGGAAAGACUUCCACGAUGAAGAGAGCGGCAUUGGGUUUUACAUGUGGGGAGUGGGGACAACAGUCGAUGUAGACGACAUUGUCCAAUAUCAAGAGAUCCCUCACACGCAACAUGCCGCCUGUGCUGAGCUGAACCACACCCUCCAACACGGGGUUACCUACUACAGCACACUCAUCGCCUUCAACCUGGGCCAUGCGACCAAGAACGUGUCUGCUUCUAGCGAUGGAGUGAUGUACGAUGCUACCCCGCCGGAGGAAGGAUGGGUUAACGAUGGUCUGGACGCUAACCAUGACGUCACGUACUCCUCUGAAACCUCUACUGUCAGCGCGCUCUGGGGAGACUUCAAGGAUCCGGAAUCAGACAUUGCUGACUAUGAAAUUACCGUGUGGAGAAAGCAUGCUAACAACGGUAACAGUUCUAUUGAUACAGCUUCUCACGUCAUCCACAACGCAACCUCUGUUGGAAGAGCAAACAGCAUCAACUGGCACCAUUUCCAUCUCCAUGACGGGGAUUUCGUGUACGUUGUCGUGAACGCCUCUAACGGGGCUGGCAGCGUGGUUAUCACAGAGUCGGAUGGGUACACUGUGGACGUUACACCGCCUCUGAUGCGUUUCCUUGGUGACGGCCAACAACCGGGGAUAGAUCGUCAAUAUUCGCCCAGUACAUCAAGCCUGUCCAUAAACUGGGAAUUCGAAGAUGCUGAAUCUGGGUUGGACCACUACAAAUUAGCUGUGUAUCAGCUGCAUGAUGGAAGUCGUCUACAGAUCUACCCAGGACAAAGGAAUGACUGGGUGAUUGUGGAAGGCAGUGCCGCGGGGUGGACCAACAGCGAACCGUUGAACCUUGUGCCAGGCGCUCGCUACAGCGUUCGGGUUGCGGCUGUCAAUGGGGCCGGACUGACGACUACACAUGACACGGAUGGUGUCAUCAUAGAUCCUACUCCACCAUCGAAUCUGCACGUUGCCGUUGACGUGAUGCCUGGUGAGCUGGAGGAGCUGUAUGAUGGGUACAUUCUGCACACAGACCUGUCCGCCAUCUUGGUGUCAUGGCGGGCCACUGACGGAGAAAGUAAGGUCAUGGCAUACUGGGCUGCUGUGGGAACGUCACCAGGUGGAACUGACGUAAUGUCGUUCAAAGACAUGGGACCAGACAGAAGCGCCUACAUCAACAAUUUGAACCUACAACUCUACGACGAGGUCACGGGGUCACCAGUGUAUUACGUGGCCGUUAAAGCACAGAACGGAGCCGGACAGUUUUCUUUUGAAGUUGUUUCCAGCCCCAUCAAGGUAGUCCCCGGUGACAGGACGGGCGUGGUCGCGGACGGCCCGCACAUGACGGACACGGAAGUUGAUGACGUGUCAACGGUAGAUGUCGACUAUCAGCUACAGACGGGAGCGGUCACUGUACGCUUCAAGGGAUUCGAAAGUGCGAGGCAUGGCAUUGUUCACUACGAGUGGGCAGUCGGUACUGCAGCGCUCUGGGAUGACGUCAUGCCGUAUUCAUCAGCAGGGAUUGUGCUACAUGAUGAAGACUCAAGUAUGGAAGGAAUUGGUGGAGAAGGACACGCACAAUCUCUGCUUCCACUCCGGUCCGGACAGCUCUACUACACAACGGUGCGGGCCAUCACUGGUGCCGGCAACGUCUUGGAGUCAGCUUCCGAUGGCUUCACGGUCGACGUGACCGCUCCAGAAGUUGACUUCAGUGGCUAUGACGAAUACGCCCUAGGGUCUGAUCACGUUUCACGCUACCAGUUUUCGGCAGACUACAUCACGGCGGAAUGGGACUAUAGAGAAGAUGAAAGCGACGUGGUGUUUGCCUCGUUUGCGUAUGGAACGUUUCCCGGCGGCCAUGAUGUCCACAAUCGAACAUUGACGACACAGCGAACAUCAGUGCCGAACGGACUGGUGCAUCCAUCUCCACAGGGAAAACCCAAUAUCCUGAGCCUCACAGCAGUAAACUCUGUCGGCCUGCGUACUGUCGCCAUUUCGCCAAGUCUGACAGUGGACUCAACCCCACCAGUAGCAGGUGACGUCACAUGUCCACGUCACCUCCCCAGCACAGAUGAGCUGCUGUGCACGUGGCGAGGGUUCAGGGAUGACCAGAGCUACAUUCACCACUUCCUGUUUGGUGUCGGCACGGAGGAGGGAGAUGACUCGGUAUUUCCGUUCACGGAAGUUCCGGGAACAUCUGAAAGAUUUAAAGCAAAGGGUUUUGCAGGGCAGUUUUUGCGCCACCAGGAAAGCUACUUCGUCACAGUGGUCGCCUACAAUCCGGUAGGUGGGAAGACAGAAGCCUACUCAAAGGCAAUCGUCAUUGACGACACCCCGCCAGUUCCUGGGACCGUCAUCGAGCUGGACGGUGUCUACCAUGCUGACUUAGAGGGAGAUGAUUCGCAUGGGCCAGAAGCAUGUGACAACCAAGAAGAAUGCCAGGCGAUGGAUGCGGUGUGCCAAGCUUCUGUCACUCAUGUUGCUGUUACGUGGCAACCAUUCUUAGAUCCGGAAACACCAAUCACCAGGUACGAAGUGGCAGUUGGCACUGUGCCGGGAGGAGCAGACCUGUACAGCUUCAACCAGGUUCCCGAUCCUGACGCUCGUUUCUUUGUUGUCAACAACUUGGACCUGUCGGUUAUCAGACAGGUAUUUGUCACAGUGAGAGGACACAACGCCGCAGGACUAUCCAGUGUUGCCGUAUCUAACGGGGUCUACAUCAGUAAGAUCAGUGCAGGGUUACCGCCACUCAAGCCUCUCGCUGUCAACGACGGCAAAGUCAAUCAGGGUGACAUAGAGUUCCAGAACCAUAAUGAAGAGAUCAGCGCACACUGGGACUUCAGUGGUGACCCGUGCCCCUCCAUACAGACGGAGUGGUCAGUGGUCAGGCUGGACGGGUUCGAGAUUUUACCUCUUACUGAACUGUCGCCAGGCGAAGACCGCGCUACCUCGGACGAAUUCGACCUCAGGGACGGUGAAACGUACUACACCGUUGUCAGGGCAACCAAUCACCUUGGAUACAGCUAUUCCAUCAGGUCUGAUGGCGUCACCAUCAAGUUAGAAGCUCUCGUACCCGGGGUAGUCAGGGACGGACCAAUCAUCGGUUUCGACCUGUCCUACCAACAAUCCGUGACGUCACUAUCAGCUAACUGGGACAGCUUCGGGAAAGAAUAUGGCCUCAGGGAGGACGCCGCCAUAAAUGGAGAAAUUUUGGAAAUUGGAGACCACCAAAUUGUGGACUAUUACGAGGUGGCCGUAGGAACGGACAGACGGUACCCAAGUACCCGUACCAACGUCCGCCCGUUCACCAAUGUCGGACGGAACAGAACCGUUACUUUUGAAUAUCUCCAUCUCAUUCCGAGGACGGGCAUCUAUUACGUCACGGUCAGAGCGGUCAGCCUCGCGUCAUCUAGGACGGAAGUGACGUCAAACGGCAUCCGGGUGGGAUUUGGUGGUGACAUCAUAUCUCAUGGGGAAAUAGACAUUCCAAGAUACAUUUCUUCUGACGCGAACAUUACGGUGGCCUGGAGUGACUUUGAGUUCAGCAUGCCGAUACUGUUCUACCAAUGGGGCAUAACAACUAACCGGACGGAGCUUGAUGAUAAGGACUGUCUAAAACUGCAAAACUUUAACACCGAGGGGUACGUAGGCGCCAACAACGAAUACGCCCAUCUGUUUGACGUCUAUCCUCUUACCAAAGUGGGCAAAAACACCAUGAUUCAGCAGGAAGGCCUAGCUCUACAAGAUGGCAGCACUUACCACAUCGUUGUCGUGGCAACGGAUGAGUCAGCCCAGUGCGCCAUGGCUCUAGCUGACGUCACCAUCGAUACCAGCCCUCCGGUGGGAGGACGCGUACUUGUUGGAUCACCAGGAGAAAAGAACGUCAUGUACACGGCCAUGUCUGACCGGGUGGAAGUACUAUGGGAUGGUUACUAUGACAACACAAGCGGCAUCGCCCGAUUCGAACUCGCCUUACUGUCGGGCAGCGGGUGUCAACCACACGACGAAGAGCGUACUGUUGAAGUUGACUUCGUGCCCGUGUCUGCCAACGAGACAUCCUACUUGUUUGUUGAUACUGAUCUGAAGGCCGACACCCCGUACUAUGUAGUCUUCCGUGCCAUCAACCGGGCGGACCUGGUGACUGAGUCCACCACCCCUCCCAUCCUGCUGGACCUGCGGGACCCUGUGCCGGGAGACGUCAAGGAUGGAUUUGACUUCCAAAGCGAUGCGACUCACCAGAGCUCCUUAACAGAAAUGAAAGGUGUGAUCAUCAACCACCCCAACGCUGAGGGUGAUCCCUGUCCCAAGAAGACCUUUCCUAUGGACGAAAUGCACGACAGCUGGUCUCCUUCGUACACGACAGGGAUGUGGGGAGUAUCCGGAAAAAGGCGUAUUCUGUUUCAUCCCGAGCAGCUUUCAUUUGAAGAGGAAGACGGCUUGUCGAUUCACCUGACGCGCGAUAUUAAGUACGAGAGGAUGUUGUCGGGAGCGUACCACACCGAAGUAGAUUGUACAAGGGCGGGUCAAUACGAGAUGGACAUCAUUGCUGCCAGUGGCGAGCUCCAGGCUGUCACCAGUGUGGUGUUCUGGGACGGACCGGACGGCGUGGUCGGAGAUCACAACGAGAUGAGCCUUGAACAUAAGGAAGGUAUCUCCAGAACCCAUGCAAACUGCAGUUGUUGUGAGACAGGAGGGGGCAAUACAGGAGAUACCUCCAACGUUACAGCAACAACAGAAGACUGUAACUGUACCUGUACCAGCCCGACAUUGGACCCGGACCCGCAAACCUCGACCGCCCUCCCGUCUGAAUCUCCCCCUUGGUGGACUAUUGAGAAGGCUGAUUUGGAAGGAAACACAUCACAGUCAGAGUUCCAGUCAAACAGCUUUCCAUAUGCGUCUUGUGGACUUCAAAUUCACGCAGAAACAGCAAACAGUCACAGUUACAUCGGAAUGUGGUGUCGAUUUGCGAACGGGACUGAAUCCGAACUAGGAGAAGUUGUAAAGCUGGACUUCGAUCCUUCGGCUGCCUGGCACAAAUACACUUUAGAGUUCAUCGAGGAAAAGAUCUUUGCAACCAAGGUGUACCGAUCAUUGAGACUGGAUAUCGACGGCCAGCCAAGAGCAGUUUUGACCGGCAUCCCGACCUUAGGCCCGACAACAAAGCUGAUUCUCAGCACCUGGAACAAGCAGGACUGGAUUCCGGAGUUAGUGGACCCGUUUGAACCGCCAACGACGGCUGCUUUAUUCCGUUAUGUUAGCCUCCCACAAGAUUCCAACAGCCUAUGUCUAUACGGGAAGCCGUUCAGAAAUGGCGACCACGCGGUAGUGAGGUUCGAGGCCGCUGUGGGCUCGGCAAGACUGCUGGAUGAUGUCGCACCAUUCAGAGAGGUUGUCAAGCCAUGCAUCCCAUGCUCCGGAAAAUGCGACUUACUUGGUUGUGAUCAGGGUUGUGAGGAAGACCGUACGUACGUACAUCAGAUACAUCUCACAGGUUUAGACCUGACACCAUUCUCCUUCAUGGAAAACAGCGACAACAACACUCUCGUACCGGCGCUGUACUACCUCACUGUCAGAGCGGUUGCUGGUUCCGGUAGGGUUGCCACUGCGUCUUCUAACGGGAUCUACAUAGACGUGACGCCGCCGGUUGUUGAGAACCUCUUCCACGUGGAUAUGUCCUGGUCACCGGACGAGCCCACUAGUUACCAGGGUGACAACAGCACCAUAGCUGUGCGCUGGGAGGGCUACGACAUAGAGAGCGAGAUAGUGGAGUGCCAAUGGGCGGUUGGCACAAGCCCUGGACAAACGGACAUUCAAAACUACACAUCAGUUGGACCAGAUCAACACUUACUCCACAGCAACAAACUAGCGGGAAAGCUAAGUAACAAAGAGACCUAUUACGUCACUGUGAGGUUGGUCAACGGCGCUGGUCUGGUCAGUGAGAACUCAACCAGUGGAGUGACUGUAUUGCUCGACCCACCGGACACCAGUACCAGCAACACCACCACGUCAUGCGUGAAGCACGUGGAGAGAAACGUGACUUUCAACAGCUCUGUCGAACUGUGCGGAGAUCAGAACCAGAUGGGCAUUACCUGGACAAGGGUUCAGGACGACUCUGUGAACAACUAUGAGUUCAGUGUGGGGACUUCAAUGGACAGCCGUGGUGACGUCAUUCCCCAGACGCAGGUGGGGUAUAACGAGUCCGGAUGGGUGCAGGUGUUGGAAGGUGAACUGUCGUUUGGGAGGUCAAAGGUCAACAUCUCGGACCUGCCAAGUCGUACAGACGGUUGGAAAGUCAGCAAACACAACAAGUUUUACGUGGAACCUGGCAGAACGUUACUCGCUAGUCUGACGGCUUGCCAUGCUGGUCACAAGUGUAAGGACAUCGUCGUGAAGAAACGAACAAUAAUAAGGCCUGAGGACAACCUGCUUAGUUUUACAAAUGGAUCUGCUGGUGACAUGGUGUUGGUACAUGGUCAACAAUCUGACAACUACUCCGUCAUCAUAUCAAAACGUCAAGGUCAGCUUUCGAAUCCUGGAGCUAUUGGAGCAGGUAUUCUUACAGACCAUGACGUCACCAGAAUGUACACAUCCAGUACCCCCUACAUCACUAACCCUGCUUUUACAAUACACCAGACGGACAGAUUCCUGAGAAACAGGGUCCGAAGAAUGCUUGGUAAAUCAUUCUUCGUGUCGUCUAUUGGUGGGGAGGAGCUCGAUACGCCAUUAACAGUCACCGUAACUUUCAAUGACUCCGCUCUAGUGAGAGAUGAGGUGCCAGCAGUCGUGUUCUGGGACCCAGAAAAAGAAAAUUGGAAGGACGUUAACGGCACUUGUGCUGACAAUCCUCAAGCAUCGGACAACAGCACGCUAAAAGGACGUCUCACUGUUCAGCUGUGCUCCACCACGGGCACAUAUAGCCGUUACAAGCGAAGCGAGCAGCGUUACUUCUCAGGCUCCUCCCAGUUUGCUGUCGUCAUUAUCAACUCUACCUUCCAAAACCUGCCACCUGUCCUACUGUCUCCGACACGAAUGCACAUGGACGAAGAUGAGGGCACUCUUGUCUCUCAGCUCAUCGCUGAAGACCCAGAGGAUGAUGACUUGAUCUUCCAGGUGAAUCAACAACAGAAGAAGAACUCUGAGGACAUGCUGGAAUUGGACGAGCAUGGCCUGUUGCGGUACACACCAGCUCUAGACUUUUCGGGUACGAAAGAAAUCCCUAUAACUAUAUCCGAGUCGCGUGCAGACUUCUCUCUACUGUCCACAACUACGACGAUCGUCAUAGAUGUUGGGGCUGAGAAUGACCAUCCUCAGCCGUUUGUAGUACACGAGGGAGAGGAGAAGCUACAGGAAUCAGGCUCACUGCAUCUAACCGUGGAAGAAAACCAUCCCGAGAACGUUGACUUCGAGGUGCUGAAGUUUGUGGCCGGAUCCUUCGAUGUUGAUGCCUACGAUGCACUAACUCUUCACAUCAAGUCACCUUCCAAUGGCUCCAUUGAAGUUGGCAACAGGGUACGGGACAUUCGUUUCGGUGAAGAAAACUGCACGAUGUCUAUGGAAGCAAAGAGGAGAGAAUGGGAAGAUGUUUUCAACACGUCCUGGGUAGGCCCUGCUAUCCCCUACCCGUGUGGUAUAACACUGCCACACUCACCAAACCUCCUGAACUGGGUCGUUGCCGCUGUGACGUACACUCCCGACCAACACUUCUUCGGAGAGGACACGGUGAAGGUCUACGCCGAGGAUGCGUUCGGUGCGAGGUCCAAGCUCGUGACGGUAGUUAUCCACGUCCUCGAGAAUCCAUGUGUGAAUGGGGGAAGAUGUGUCGGACCCGAUGAGGAUCCAGAUUGUGAAGACCAAGCCCGCAGUGAUGGCUUCCAUGAGUACACGUGCAACUGCACGGCUGGCUUCGAGGGAAGAUACUGCGAGAUCAACCCUAACGACUGCGUACCCAACCCCUGUCCACACAACUACACCUGCAUCGACCAAGUCAAUGGUUAUGUCUGCCACUGUGAGCCCGGAUGGCCCUGUAAUGGCCUGACGUUAGGGGAGAUAGUAGGGAUCGUCGUUGGCUGUCUAGUCGCACUGAUGAUCCUGCUCGUCAUCUACAAGAUGUGGGUCAAAAAGCAAGAGUUGAAACGGAAAGUCGGCCCGAUCCCGAAGGAACGUCCGAUUGGACUUAAAGACUUGUCAUCAUCUGAUGGGCAAUCUAUGUUCCACAACCAGAAACGGAAGACUGGGAAUGUGACAGACGGGAAGAGGUCCUUCAACGAGGUGAUGCGCGCUUGGGAGGAGGAGGUACAGGAGGUGGAGUUCCGCCAUGUGGACCCAGACGCACCAGACGCUGAGAGGAAGGUGCCGAAACAGCCGAAACAUCUGCCCCCUCUAGCGGCUCCUGAUAAAAGUGCUCCAAAGGACCGCGCAGAAUUCGAGCAUUUCGUAAGGCUCCCCGGAAUCGUGACCACUAAGACCAACGUCUAAGCUUCCAUACCAAGGAAUUUUGAACGUUUUUUUUUCUCAAAUUAUUUUAAUCCAUGUCAUAAAGUGUCGACACUAUAACUGACUUGCUUGCUUGCUUUGCUUUGGAUAAAUCUGAAAGAAGUUACCUUACAGGUUGUAAAUUUUCAUGCUCGUGUGUGAACAUUAUACAAAAUACUACAUCAAAAAUUAUCUCGUUUCUUUUGAUAUCUAAUAUUAAGGUCUUUCUGACAGUUUGCACUCUAAAUUGUACAUGUUUUGCACCGAAAUUGCUCAGAUGGUAUUGAAUUUCAUGAGCAACAGCUUAGACCCACUCAGUAUCUUCCAAUAGGAUUACUUUAACCCACACCAUUUCAUUUAACUUCA